ACGGACCCACGGCUCCGCCCGGCGCGGGGCGGGACGGCAGCGGCUGCAGGCGGCCAACAUGGCGGCGCUGGCAACGGUGUGUGCGGCGGCUGCUGGGCCGCAGCAGAGUAACAGUGUUUUCAGUGCUGCAGGUGCUGCUCGGCAGAUCCAGAACUGCAAGAUGAAAGCUGAACAAGCUAAGAAAACAGAAUUUCUAAGAAUAGCAGAAAAUUUAAGAACUCAGCUUGCAAAUGUACAAAAGGACAAAAAUGGAUGUCUUUACAAUAAGAAGAGUGAUUCCAGAGCAGAAUACAGCAUUCUAGAAGAACUGGAACAUAAAAUGUCUGUUGACAGGAAAACUGAAAAAACUAAAAUCCUGCAGCAGCUAACAAAAAUACGUGAUAAUGUGAAGAGACUUCAGCGACAAUUACAUGAUGUGAAACCUACAUCAGAAUUUGUUAACAAGCUCAAGGAAAUGUUGGAAGAAAUUGAAAACGCAAUCAAUACUUUUAAAGAUGAGCAGAGACAAAUAUAUGAACAGCUGUUGAAGGAUGAAAAAACUACAGUUAAUGAGCUCAGCAUCUUUGAGAAAAAAGUGGAACUGUGGUCAACAGGCAGCUCAACAACAGAAAGAGCUUUGAAGUUACCAUCAGCUAGGAUCUCAGUUAAUAAAACACUGGGAAAUCAUCUACCUGAAGAAGUUGUAGAGUUUGAAAGAUUUCUGCAGCAAACUGGGGGGAGGCAAGGAGGUUGGGAUGAUUGGGAUCAUCAGAAUUUUCUUAAAGUAUGGACUAAACACAGAGGAAGGCUGUCCUACGUGGAUGAAGCCCUUAAGUAUCUCUGUGGAAGAACAAAAGAAGAUGUUGAGCAACAUGGCAUAUGGUAUCGAGAAUUUCUCAUUUUACAAGACAGAAAAAAAGAGUCAAUUAAGAAAUGGAAAGAAAAGCAGCAAAGAGAAAAAGAAGAAAAUUUGAAGAAGAAAGAGAAAUCAGAAAAGAUUAUUCAAAGGCUUCAGUACGAAGAAGAUCAGAUGCAAAAAGCAGAAGAAAGAAGACAACAACAGGCAGCAAUUUCAGCAUGGGAAAAACAGAAAGCAGUAACAUCUGCGAUGGAACAAGCAUCACAGCUAAAACUAGAGGAAGAGAAGGAGAAAAAGAAACUGAAAGAAUGCCUGCAGCAAUGCCACAUGGAGUUACUGGUGGAAAGGAAUACCCUGCAGAAGAAAGAGGAGGAGGAGCUUGAGGAGGAGAGAGAAAUGAAGAGGAGGAGGAGGACUGCUGCAGAAGAAAUCACUGAAUUUCAAGAGGGAGCACGUAAUUAGCUCUCCAUUCAUGCAUACAAUUAUGUGAAAUUUACCAAUUUCCUUGUAUUAUACAGUCUGCUAAACAUUUUCAUUUUAUUUAUUUUUUAAUCCCUGAUGUUCUAGUACUACUUAUUAGAUCAGUUUUUAAUUUGGUAGGAAUAACAACAUUGGUCAACACCCAGUUUGGAAACUUUAUUCUGGACUUUAUUCUUUUCCUUCAUAUAGCUCUACUUAGAUCUGUUUAUAAUUUGGUAGGAAUAACAACGUCGAUCAACACCCAGUAUGGAAACUUUAUUCUAGACUUUAUUCUGGACUUUAUUCUUUCCCUUCAUAUUUUUAAGUGCUGUCUGUAGGAUCAUUGCAGUCUGUGCUUCUAAAUACAGAGCUGGUUUUGUUUCCUUCAAUCUGUUUGGGGAAAACGGCUGAGCUGACAUUUAUUUUCCAAGGAAAGCAAGAGGCCCAAUCGUUGUUUACAGAUAUGUAAUAAAUAUUUGAAGGUCCUGCAGCUCUCUGUAGCUGUAACAUAUCGUUAUGAUGUGUAAAUCUGUCACUUGAGAACUGGUAUUACUGCCUGGGCUGUGUUCACAACUAAAGACUGAACUGCUGUGA